CCUCACACACAAAUUGAUUAGCCGUUUAUUAGCAACACCAAAGCAAGCGAAGCAAACACAGUGGUAGCGAAAAAGUACGAGGAAGAAUGGGAAGCCAACAAGCAGCACAAAUUCCGACCAGUUUUGGGCAUGAACUGAGGGCUUGUCUCCGUUGCCGCCUUGUCAAAACCUACGACCAGUUUAGGGAAUCAGGAUGUGAGAACUGUCCCUUUUUCAAGAUGGAUGAAGAUUAUGAACGUGUAGGGGACUGCACUACUUCUAAUUUUACAGGUUUGAUCUCCGUCAUGGAUCCAACUAGGAGCUGGGCAGCCCGGUGGCUUCGAAUUGCACGAUCUGUCCCUGGUUGUUACACGCUUGCUGUGUCUGAGGCACUUCCGGAAGAUUUGCAGAAUCUAUGUCAAGAUGAACGUAUCCCAUAUAAUCCUCCAAAACGCAUCUGAAUGGACAAAUCAGCACAUUUUGGGUUUUGAUAUGGAAAGUACUUGCAUUUUGUAGCAUCAAAGUAAAUUUCGGAUAAACAUUAUGUAAUUAAGAUAACUUAGUAUUGGAAUUAUCGUUAAAGGUCGCAAACCCAAUCUGGAAACUGAACAUAUACCUUAUAUAUGUCUGUCUCUCAGUUGUCUGCGUUUGCAUGCUCAUCUGGUGAAGUCUGAUGUAUUACUGUUGUGUUUAUGUGACCUAAAGUUUUGUGUUUUUUUCAUGUAUUUUGAGAAUCAUUUCCCAGCUAACUGUGAACAUAAUUUUCCUUGAA